GGAGUCGAAAUCUUUUGGUGAAAAAUAUCGAUUGUUAGAUAUUUCUUAUUUUAGAGAUAUAUUCUCUAAAAUACACCAUCUUAGGCUCUUUAACUACGAUGAAUAGGCAUUGGAGGUCCAUUCCGAUAGAGAUAAAGGCAAUGGCCAUUUUCACGGUUAUUCCAAAAAGUUAAACGGCACAGGCAUCGAUAAAUGGUUAAUUCCAAAAGGAACAUUGUAUUCUGACUCCAAAGAAGGACUCAGGACACGUAAACGACCAGAGGGUCGAGAAGUAACCAUUAAAAUCCAAAAUUCGGCAACGUAAACAAUGAUUUCCGAGGAAAGGUCUUCUGUAGGCUCGUUGUUAAGCCGAGGGAACCUCCAGAGGAAGUCAUCACACCUGAAUAAAACAAUAGGGGACGACAACGUCGGAAUGCAAACUGCAGCGAGUGAAAUCUCAACUUCACGAGCUGAAACGAUAAAAGGUGUCACAAAUCCAACAUUAAUAUCAACAAGUGAUGUAGCUGACAACAGGUCUACGUUAUCCCUCGUUGAAGGGCAAUGCCUACCUGAAUCUAAUCAAAAAAUCUUUUCUAAAUGGGUACGAGCUUGCGAUCAUACAGAGAGUAAACAGGGAAACAUAUUGCCUCUUAAAAAGCAACAAAAACAUGAUGAUAGUGGAAGAAUAAGACCCAAACUAAUCGUUAAACAAACUGGUACAACCUACUGUGCAUCAUUCCAAACUGACGACAAAGAGUUCAACAAUGACAUACUUGGCACUAGAAGACUUUAUUAUAAUCUAGCUGACGUAAGACGGGGGAUAAACAUAACUUUUAAAAAGCAAGGCGGUAAUAAAACUAUGGCGCUUAUAGUAAUCGUUGAAGAACCAGUAGAUCUCCCAAAGAGACUUACUGGAAUCCUCAGUAAGAGGAUAAACUCAAAUGGUCAAGAAAUCAAGGUCAGGUCGAAAUACAAUCGAAAAAUCUUAUUUAUAAAGGCCUGUUCUGAUUAUUCCCCAAACCUACAGGAAACUGUAGUGUCUACAAGGGUGUAG